UUGUCCACGUGACAGAAUCAGGUCUACAUGAGUGUUUGGGCUGUGAAAUGUGGGCAGCAGCUGGUCGUGGCACGUACUUUAGGUUCCUGUCUGCUCGCCUCGCUGUGACUUCGAUACUUGCUGGAUGUCAGACACCGAGCCGGCCAGCGGCUGUGAGCGGAAGACCGGUCCGGAGCUCCGCGUCCAGCAGCGCUGCUUCAGGGAAGCUGGCACGAAAUGGAGAGGAUAAGAAAGCAGUGAUCUGUAUUGAGGGGAACAUUGCCAGCGGUAAAACAACAUGUCUGGAGUAUUUCAGCAAAACAAGCAAUAUAGAGGUCCUUACAGAACCAGUCUCGAAGUGGAGGAAUGUUUGGGGUCACAACCCUCUGGCUCUUAUGUACCAGGAUCCUCAGCGCUGGGGCAUCACGCUGCAGACCUAUGUCCAACUCACCAUGCUGGAUAGACACCUGUCAGCCAUUUCAGCUCCUAUCAGGAUGAUGGAGAGGUCCCUCUUCAGUGCCAAGUACAUCUUUGUGGAGAAUCUCUUCAGAAGUGGGAAAAUGCCAGAGGUGGACUAUGCUGUUCUCAGCGAGUGGUUUAAUUGGAUCACAACUAACGUUUCCAUUCCUGUUGAUCUGAUUGUUUAUCUGCAGACGUCUCCUCAGACCUGCUAUGAGAGGGUAAAGCAGAGGUGCAGAGAAGAAGAGAAAGUCAUUCCACUGGAGUAUCUAGAGGCCAUCCACCAGCUGUAUGAGGACUGGGUUUUCAAGCGCAGCUCCUCUCCCCUCCCGGCUCCUGUGUUGGUGAUUCCUGCUGACCAUGACCUCCAGGGUAUGCUGCACCAGUACGAAGAAAAUCGUGACAAGAUCCUAGCGUACCUCUGAUGCUGAAGUUUACACUUACACACAGUGUGAAACGAUCCCUUGUUAAAGACAAGAAAUCAUAAAGAUGUUAAUACAUCAGUUGCACUGGUUGUAAUUUCUAGCUGUCUGACAAGUUGUCUCUGUACAUGGGAUUACUUUGAAACCAACUACAGUUCAGCUCAUAUGUGCUUUUUAGGGGGAAAACUCAUCUUUCACAGCUUUUAAUAUCAAAAUGCUCUUAACAAAAUGUAUAUUUAUUUAUUGUCACCUUCAGGGUGGAACCAGAACUAACUUCAGACCAAAUCAGCCAUUCCACUGACCCUCCUUAUGCUUCAUGUAAACCACUUGAGUUUUUUUUUUGUUUAUUACAUAAGAGUUACUGAGACAAACACAAAAAACCUCCACGUUUAAGAAUAUGCUUAGAGCUACUUAAAGUCACACUGAUUCAUUCAACAUUGUCUGUAGUGACUUGUUCAGUUGUUGUUUCCUAAUUUACUUGUUUUAUGACUAUUUAAUUCAAUAAACUUUAAGUGUUUCCUGAGA